AAAACAAAGAUGUAUUGAAUAUAAAAUGGUUAUACCUAUAUGAUAUAAUCUGUCGAUCUACAGCUUCAGGCAUAACGUGAAAACUUCCAUUACAGAUAUAUAGUUGGUGUCAGUAAGUUUAAAACCAACGUUGUGAUAACCAGCUGAACGUAGGAAUAGCUGUAGCAUGUGGACCCGAUGGACGUUUCUCUUCGAGUAUAAAAUGAAGGCGAGGCACCAGAACUGCAGCCAAAUGACCACGGUUGCUGUAGCAGCGAUAAUUGUGACGUUAGCGUGCGCCCUGAAAAUCGUGGCAGCCGACCAAGGCAUCGCCGACGACUUGGCCGGAGAUUACUGCGCAAAAGUUGGAUGCUGCGCUGGGAGGAACGACACUGUUUGCUCCGCGCCGAUAUUGGGCACGAGGUGUUACUGCGACGAUUUCUGCUACCUUAACCGCACCGGGACCGGAGACUGUUGUCCCGACUUUAUGUCAGUCUGCAAAGGCGUGACCACGCCCGGCCCUCCGACAAACGGCGAAUGCAUCGCCAACGACUUGGACUGGGAUUACUGCUCAAAAAUUGGAUGCUGCGCUGGGAGGAAUGACACUGUUUGCUCCGCACCAAGAUUGGGCUCGAGGUGCUACUGCGACGAUGCCUGCUACCUUAACCGCACCGGGACUGGAGACUGUUGUCCCGACUUUAUGUCAGUCUGCAAAGGAGUGACCACGCCCGGCCCUCCGACAAACGGAAAAUGUACUAAAUCUUGUAUUCUCGGAGAAACUAAAACUAUAAAUUGCAAUGCAUGCCAAUGUCGACAAAUCGGCGAAAACACGACGCUGAUAUGUAACCAAGACGAAUGUCUUAUCGAUCUUUUACUCUUGAACACGAUUAGAACCGAAAGUCGUCAAUUUGGAUGGUCUGCCAAAAAUUACAGUUUAUUUUGGGGCGUAACAUAUGACAACGGACUUAACUUGCGGCUUGGUACACUGCAAUCACCGGAGAAGAUUUUACAAAUUGUACCUUUGAAAACGGUGUUCCACCGAGAUUAUCAGCUACCG